AUUUUGGUUCUUUUUUUAAGUGUCGAUAUGAAGAAAUUGCAAAAGGAGGGAAGAAUGGUGCUAACGUUCUGCGGUAGAGCUGACGAUGCCAGUCCUUCUCGCGGAAUGCAUUGUUUCAUGUGGGGGUUAUUAGCAGAGGCACUCAGGGAUAUGGUCUCACAGGGGAAGAUUGAAGAGGAGAAAGUAGAUUCAUUUAACAUGCCUCUGUAUGUACCAUCUCCUUCGGAGGUGAGAUCUGUAAUACUUAACGAAGGGUCAUUUAUCAUUAACCGACUAGAAACAUUUGAAGUGACAUCGGGAAAAGCGUUUCCUCGCAAGGAUGAAGACGAUGAUGACGACUAUAUGAUAACUGGAAGCAAGAAUACUGUGAACUUCAUGAGAGCUAUAUCAGAAUCCUUAGUGGUGAGUCAUUUUGGGAAAGAGAUAAUUGAAGAAUUGCACAAGAGGUGUAGGGAGAUCAUUGCACCCCGCUUGUCCAGAGAAGGAAGUAGGAAAACUAAGCAUCUUUCCAUUGUCAUCUCCAUGACAAGGAGGUGAAGAAAUUACAAACCCUUU